AUGAGUAUCAAAAGAACCAGCAUGUUGUCCUCUACCAGCCUCACAUCUCAGCCGUUUCCAACCGCCGUCUGGAUCGCCGAAACAAGCAAGAAAUUGGCCGGUUUUUACCCAAAAUUUUCAUCGCUCAUUCGGGCGAUUCCGAGCACCAUUUGCUUCGAUCCAGGUAUGGUUUUUCAACCUCUCGAGCUGUUCUUGUUGCUAGUUGUGUUGGUUAGGAGAAAUUUCUGA